AUGCUCAACGUGAAGAAACCGAAGCGGCCGGUGUUCAGAGGCGAAGGUGCGACGGCCAUGUUCGAGGUGCAGAUCAUGAGCGACCUCCACCUCGAGUUCCCCAACGCCCUCGCGCACCUGCCCUCCUUCGAACCUCGCGCCCCCUACCUCUUGAUCGUCGCUCGGGCAGACCACACGACACACGGCUGGUUCAUCAUUCAACAAAUUUGUGGUGUUGGUGCAGGACAUAGGCCAUCCGAAGAAGGAGAACUACUUUGCAUUCCUGACGGCGCAAGCGGCUCGGUUCGAGCGCGUGUUUGUCGUCACCGGCAACCACGAAUACUACACCUCCGACCGGUACCAUCCGUAGACACGGUGCAUAGGCAGAUCAGGGAGUUUUGCAGCACGUUCGACAACCUGCACUUUUUGCAUAUGAGCUCUGUGCUCCUCGAAGAUAACGGGCACAAGGUGCGCGUUCUGGGGACCACCUUGUGGCACCACUGCCCGGAGAAGGACAUCGGGCAGGUCGAGCGCACCCUCAACGACUACGCCAUGAUCGGGAGGAAGACGGUUGACGUUGCAAUGCAGCACAAAAGUCACCAGACGGUGAUCAAUGGGGUCAUGGUGGCCUCCAAUCAGAGGGGCUACUUCAUGGCGCCUCCCGAAAAGGCCGGCUUCUCCCCCGAGUUUGUGGUCACCAUCGACCAUGAUCGCCAGAGUUACAUCAUGCGAAACGACCCAGCUAAGACCAACCAGCAGGACUGA